CUGUGCCUUUUUUCUCAUUGAUGAGCCAUAGAUGACUCAUCACCCAUGCAACAAAUAGUUGAGAUUCCUAGUAUUUUUAUCCUUAUAAAUACAUUUGCAGGAUGUAGGUAUGAACAACCUUAAUAAGCAUCACUCCCCUGUUCUCUGAUAGAGGAGAACAUUCUACACCAGUCUCUCAACAACACAAGCUGUUCUUACUAGAAAUAGAAGUGAACUUUAGCGCUACUUAUCAGCCAUGAAAGAAUCCCUUCAGCGACAAGUAAUUAGCUCAGCAGCAUUCCUAGUUGAGAAGUCACCAAAGAAAUACUUGCCUGGUCCUUCUAGCCAAUACAAUCUAAAUGGUUCUCCUACAUGCAAGCAAAGUAAAGUAGGCUCUGUUCUUAGUAGGAUGAACAAACUUGGAGAAAAAGCAGACAGGCUUAGGCAUGGAGUUAAAGAGCAUGUAAGAUUGGCGCCCAAGAUCACUGAAACUUUGAAGGGAAAGUUGAGUAUGGGGGCUAGAAUUCUUCAAGUAGGUGGGGUGGAGAAGAUCUUCAAGCAGUUAUUUAGUGUUAGAGAAGAAGAGAAACUGUUGAAGGCUUCCCAAUGCUAUUUAUCAACCACAGCUGGACCUAUAGCAGGUCUCCUCUUUAUCUCCACAGACAAGAUUGCCUUUUGCAGUGAUAAAGCCAUCAAAUUCUCUUGUCCAAAUGGAGAAGUCAUUAGAGUACAUUACAAGGUCUUGAUCCCAGUAAGAAAGAUAACGACAGUCAACCAAAGUGAGAAUGUGAAGAAGCCUUCACAAAAGUACAUAGAUAUAGUUACCACAGAUAAUUUUGAGUUUUGGUUCAUGGGUUUCAUAGAUUAUCAGAGAGCUUUCAAAUAUCUUCAGCAAGCAGUCUUUCAAGCUUAAAUAGUGAUUUGAACAGAUGCAUCAUGUAUCUACCUCUCUGCUUUGUCAAAUGUAUUUUGUCAUGUGAAGCAAGAAAGAGCAACAUACAGUUUUCGAAAAUGUAUAUACGUUUCUAUUAAUGAACAAUGUCAGAUGCUUUUAUUUUUUUGGCCA